AAGAAGUUUAAUUCUGAGAAGAAUAUUAAAGCACAGGUCACCAAUGAUGAUGCAGAAGAAGUGAAGAAAUCUGAUACAGAACAGGCAACUGAAGCACAGGCUUCACUUGAUAAAGCGAAAGACAUGAAUAAGUCUGAUACAGAGAAGGCUACUGAAGUGCAGGCUUCUCUGGAUAAAGCAAACAACAUGAAGAAGUCUGACGCAGAUCAGACUACUCAAGCAGAUGCUCCGCGUGAUAAAGCAGAAGACGUGAAGAAUUUCGACGCAGAACAGACAACUAAAGCACAGGCUUUACCUGAUAAAGCAGAAGACCAAACGACCGUCCCUAUUGCCUUAGAGAUGGGGGAUACCACUGGCGACACCUAUAGUGGAGAUGCAGACAGCCCUAAGUCAGAUCUCCCUGUGCACCAUAUCAUUUUGGAUUGUGAAGCAUUUACAUACAUAGAUGCUUUGGGGGCGAAAGUUAUCACACAAGUGGUGGCAGAGUAUGGAGAUGUUGGAAUUUCAAUAUUCCUAGCCAACUGUAAAUCUAGUGUUCUAGAGUUGUUGGACAAAACUGGAUUCUUUGAGAAAAACAGCAUGUCAGUGGUGUACCUUACUGUCCAUGAUGCAGUCACUGCCGCACAACAGAAAUGCAAUUAGUCUGUUUCCUUGUGCUGGGAGUUAUCCAGGAGAAUUCCCCAUAGCUGUAUAUUAUAAUUGAAUAAUCUGGUGCUUUACAGCUUGAUUCUGUUAUCACAUUUAUUUAGCCAAAAUUUAAAAGAAGGUGCUUAUGAAGGAACAACUUUUUUUUGGAAAAAUGAUAGUUUACAGUAUUAUGAGAAAAUUAAACUAGCUUUGUGAAACCUUAAGUUUAUAAUUAUGUGUAUUUUAACAAACACAUUUUUAACCUAUAGAAUAGUAUUUUAGCCUGUGAUGGUAAUUUAUGUAUUUAGCAUAUAUGUCUUAUUUUAUUUAAGAGACAUCAUAGUUUAUUAUGUGUCAUUUUAGAUACUCACUAAAAUAUUACAGUAUAUGAAGUAAUUAAUUCUAUUAACACAAAAAGAGCCUAACAUGGGAUUUUUUUUGCUUUUAUCUACCCCUUUGCUUAGGAGGUAGCCUUUUAUGUUUGAAGGUACACCAUCAAUGUUUAAAGAUGUCCCAAGUCAUAUUUUCUGCCUACAAAUCUUGCAAAAACUACUCAUUUUUCUUCUUCUGAAAUCUACAGGAAGACAUGGUGGUCUUAAUAACUGUUGAUUCAUUCAGAACUCACUCAUUGAAUUAUAGCUUUUUUUAUUUUGAGGAAAAUAUUAAUUGUAUAUUUCAAAAAAGCAAUACCCCUCCUUAAAAUUUGAAUUUUGGUUUGAAUUGAAAAUGCCAAUUAUGUGUGUUCCUGAAGCUAUGUCCUUAAAGAAAACAAAGGAUAAUAUGGGCUUUAAAAUUUAAGGUGUUUUUGAUUUAGGAGUUUCAUAGGUUGAUUAUUGAAAAAUUGAAGUAUAAAGACAUGGCUUCAAACAGCAGAAUAUUUAAUAUUCAUUUCAUGUUUUGUCCCCAAAUCCCAUGUUUGGUUUCUUCAGGUAAAAUAAAAGCUUUGUUAACCAACAACCAUCUUCUACAUUUCAAAAGUGGUUUUGGUUAUCAAACUGCUUAUGAAACCAUAGCCAGUAUAUUGCCUUUAUGAAACAAGUGACUUAUACAAUAUUGUUUGUAUUAUUUGUAUCGUCAGUGGAAAAACGUGAUGAAAGUGACAUUCUCUUGGCAACAACAACAUUGUCGGCCACUUUUGUGGUACAGGUAUAUAGCACAAACCAACUUUAAAGUUAUUCUCUGUCAGAAUCUCCUUCUGUUUUUGAGAAAAUGAUCAAUGAUGAAAUGGAUUGGAGAUAAAAAGUUGAAUCUGUAAACUGUAGAUGUAUAACUUACCCUUGUGGAGCUGUUAUGAAUGCAUAACUGCUGUUGUGAAUGCAAUGUUAUACCCCAUUUCCAUAGAUUUUAGAUCGAUCUAUCCU